AGCGCAGCUGCGUGUAGCGAUCUCGAGCAUCCUGUUCGCUUGUCAUGAAGGCCACACUCCUUGUGCUUAUUUCUGCUUGGGCGGCAAAUGCAAGCGACAUCGCGGAGCCGCAGCCGCUGGCCUCUAUGGCCCGCAGGCUGCAGCUGUCAUUCAACUCGACUUGCUUGAGCUUGUGCCCUGGCCUGGGCACCUUUACCACUGACUUGGUGAACUUCUCCAUGCAGAUGAGCAAUGCAGGCGACAAUACGCUUGACAUGAUGGGCGGCAUGUUCGAUGUGCUGUGCUCUCACCAGCCUGCCAUGACUUGCAUGUCCACUCAGUGCGACACACCCGCGGAACUCGGGCCAAUGUUGCCGAUGAUGGGCUGCAUUUGCACCGACUGCCCUUCCUUCAAGAACGUCUAUUCGAACCUGGCCUCGGUGAUGACCACUAUGCUCUCGUCGAUGACGGGGGGGGCCGCCAAUGUGACGGCCGUGAUGGAAGCGAUAUGUCCCAUUGUUGGGCCUAUGGAGUGCGUGAGCAGCAGCAGCGUCUGUUCGGAGGCACUUUCCCAGCAAGGCGGCACGGUGGCCUUCACGGGCAUGACCGCCAUGAAGGACAACUGCACCGCGAGCGGCUACAGCACAGGCACCAACGACCUCGCCACGACCACGACCAUGGCGGAGGUCUCCGCAGCUUUGGCAGUGCCGGGGUUUGCGGGCAUUGUUGGGAUUGCAGGCAUGCUCAUUGUGUUCUGAGCCACGGGCUGAUGGCAAGCUUGACGCACGCCCGGCUUGGCCUCACCGUACCCACGAUUGUCCAAAUUCGCACUUCGACGUCUUUUCCAAAGUUUCGUUUGGCAGCAGUGUUCGAAGCCUGUUCCAAGGAUAGCGGUGGGAACGUGUGCCAUCACUUAGCCUUUGCCUUCUUCCACUUGUGGGUUCCAACAAGGAGACUCCC